AUGUGUGGCACUCGAAGGAUCAACGGCGCCGACACCGGCGUCGACCUCUCCGCCAUGGCAUCGAACCUGUCCAUGAACAGCUCCAUCUCCAACAUGGACGCGUCGCCCGCGUCCAGCGACAGAAAUCCUUUCGAGCAAGACCGAGCAUCACCUGGCACACCUCCUGCAACCCGUGCAGAUGCUUCUCAUUACUCCGAGACCGACGAGAAGCGACUCCACGAAUCCGAUGGUCAUUACUGGGCCCACAGACGCAUUUCAUCAUCCCACCGUAACUCGCCUGCCAUCGACAUUCCCACUCGCCUUCAAGGCUCUUUCACCGCCGACUCGCAAAAUGAACUUGAGCCCACUUUUGCUUCCACCUCUCUUGCAGAGAGAUCUUCGGUCUUUUCUUCCGGUUCUCUCCACGACGACCGUCGUUCUAACGCCGAUCUUGACUUUUCCGGCGACGGCAGUCACGUUCCUCCUCCCAACGUCGCCACCAUUUUUCACGAUCCUCAACCCGCGCACGACUCGGUCCCUCAGCACAGCAACCUUCAAGCCGCUCAGGAACAAAGCCACUUUGCAGCAUCUCCUGCCGAAGCCGCGGCGGCAGCUGCUGGUCUUGGUGCCGCACCUCACGCCACUCUCGCUCCUCAAAGUGAAGCUGACCCAAGCCACUUGAGCGCCUCCAAUGUCGCCGUCCACGCGGAGCUCUCCGGAGAGCUCCGCGCUCUGUAUACAAGCUUGCAGACUUGUCUCGAGCUUCGAGACAAGUACAUGUGCGCCAGCCUCCAGGGCGCCAUGGAGGACAACCCAAAGAACUGGGACGCCGAAUACUGUGCUCGUCAGGCUGCUGUUAGCGGUGACCAGACCCCACGAACCGCCUCUGGUCCCGUCGCUGAAGGCUCCAUCAAGAUCGACGGUUCCUCUUGGGAUUCCCACUCGGGCAGGCCCAAGCCCUGGCGCAUCUACCCCGCUCCUCCUCGUCCCCACUGGGAGCUCUUUAACCCUCCUCCUGAAUCGUCCUUUGUCGUACGCCCUACUUCCGUCAACCCUCUUCCGCCGCCCAUCCCCCCCGCUAGUCCGGCCAACGCCCAAGCAGCUCAAGCGCUUCUUGAAAGCUCUGGUGGUAAGCCUGGCCUCUACCGCGAACAGGAUGUCGUCAUUCCGUCCAAACACACACGCAACGGCAUCGACAUCACCUGGCAUAUGGACGAGACUGGUGUAAUCCAGGUAUACGAGGGCCAGGCCCCAUCGGCAUUAGCGCCUCCGACUCAAAGCGUCGACGACCCAUCGUCGCCUACCGCAACUCCCACCGGCUUGCGAAAGGAGCCCCUCUUCAGCGUGCCCACCAUUCGAGAGUACUUUAAGGACCUCGACUACCUCCUUGGCGUCAUCUCGGACGGCCCCGUCAAGAGUUUUGCCUGGCGUCGACUCAAGUAUCUUGAGAGCAAGUGGAACCUCUACUUCCUGCUCAACGAGUACCGCGAACUAGCAGACAUGAAGCGUGUCCCGCAUCGUGACUUCUACAAUGUCCGUAAAGUCGACACUCACAUUCACCACAGUGCUUCCAUGAACCAGAAGCAUUUGUUGCGCUUCAUCAAGGCUAAGAUCAAGCGUUUCCCCGACGACAUUGUCAUCCACCGUGAUGGCAAGGAUUUGACGCUUCAGCAAGUAUUUGAAUCUCUCAAACUUACCGCCUACGAUCUUAGUAUUGACACGCUCGACAUGCAUGCACACCAAGAUGCCUUCCAUCGCUUUGACAAGUUCAACCUCAAGUACAAUCCUAUGGGCGAAUCGCGUCUGCGUGAGAUUUUCCUCAAGACCGACAACUUGAUCAAAGGUAGAUACCUCGCCGAACUCACCAAGGAGGUAAUGGCUGAUUUGGAGCAGAGCAAAUACCAGAUGGCCGAGUACCGUGUCUCUAUCUAUGGUCGAACUAGAGGCGAAUGGGACAAGCUGGCUAGCUGGGUUGUCGACAACAGUCUUUUUAGCCCCAACGUUCGAUGGCUGAUCCAGGUGCCGCGCCUUUACGACGUUUACAAAGCCAACGGUACCGUCGACAACUUUGAGCAAAUUAUUCGCAACGUCUUCGAACCGUUAUUCGAAGUGACACAGAAUCCGCAAAGUCAUCCAAAACUGCACGUCUUUCUGCAGCGUGUCGUCGGCUUCGACCUCGUCGACGACGAAAGCAAGCCAGAGAGACGGAUUCACAAAAAAUUCCCCGUUCCUAAACUUUGGGACUUCAAAGACAGCCCACCGUACAACUACUGGCUCUAUUACAUGUUUGCCAACAUUUCGAGCUUGAACCAGUGGCGAAAGCUGCGCGGCUUCAACACCUUUGUCCUCCGACCUCACGCCGGCGAAGCAGGCGACACCGACCACAUGGCUGCCGCCUUCUUGACAUCUCAAUCCAUCUCUCACGGUAUUCUGCUACGCAAAGUUCCUGCUCUGCAGUACCUCUACUACCUCAAGCAGAUCGGUUUGGCCAUGUCGCCGCUCAGCAACAAUGCGCUGUUCCUGUCGUACGAUCGCAACCCGUUCCCGAACUUCCUCAAGCUCGGCAUGAACGUUUCCAUCAGCACCGACGACCCACUUCAGUUCCACUUGUCCAAAGAACCGUUGCUGGAAGAGUACUCGGUGGCGACGCAAAUCUACAAGCUGACGCCAGCUGACAUGUGCGAGCUGGCGCGCAACUCGGUUCUCCAGUCAGGAUGGGAGAUGGAAAUCAAACGUCAUUGGCUGGGACCCAAUUUCCAGUUGCCAGGUCCGAGGGGCAAUGUUGUUGCUAAGAGCAACGUGCCCGACAUUCGUCUGAGGUUUAGGGAAGAAACUCUGAGGGAGGAGUUGGAUCUGGUUUGGCAGACUCAAGCUUCCGUCGCUUGA